CCCCAACAAUGCCCAAAAAGCCAACAAAAGAGAGAGAGAUCAGCAGAGAGAGAGAGAUCGCGUGCUGCUUCAGUAUCUCAUCUAAUCCCCCGAUUCUUUCCCUCUGUAUGUUUCCACGACGGUUGACCUAAUUCUCCUCACACCCAAUUGAAAUCAGAGAGAGAGAGAGACAGAGAGAGAGAGAGAGAGAGAGAGAGAGAUGGGCAAUUCGUUUGGGUGUUCGGCGUCCGGCGAGAGAUUGGUGUCGGCGGCGAGAGAUGGUGACUUCGUGGAGGCGAAGAUGCUGCUCGAUUGCAACCCUUGUCUCGCCAAGUACUCCACCUUCGGUGGUCUGAAUUCUCCGUUGCAUUUCGCCGCCGCCAAAGGCCAUAACGAGAUCGUCGCUCUGUUGCUUGAGAAUGGUGCUGAUGUGAAUUCGAGGAAUUAUUGCGGCCAGACGGCGUUGAUGCAAGCCUGCAGAUACGGGCAUUGGGAAGUAGUGCAAACUCUGCUGCUAUUCCGUUGCAAUGUUACAAGAGCUGAUUAUUUAGGUGGAAGGACGGCUCUUCAUUUCGCUGCUGUGAAUGGUCAUGCAAGGUGUAUAAGGCUAGUCUUGGCAGAUUUUGUACCAAGCUCACCUCUUGAAAAACUAAAUUCUCUCUCCGAAACUGGUAGAGGGGACAGUGUCACAACAACAAGGAGCAAAACUGAGCAAAGUGCAUUGUCUAAGUUUGUGAAUAAGGCAGCUGACGGUGGAAUCACAGCUCUUCACAUGGCUGCAUUGAAUGGGUAUUUUGACUGCGUUCAGCUUUUGCUUGAUCUUGAGGCGAAUGUCUCCGCCGUGACAUUUCAUUAUGGGACAUCAAUGGAUAUGAUAGGAGCUGGAAGCACGCCUUUGCACUACGCGGCAUGUGGUGGUAAUCUGAAAUGUUGUCAGAUUCUCCUUGCAAGAGGUGCAAGCCGGAUGACAUUGAACUGCAACGGGUGGCUACCUCUUGACAUUGCUAGGAUGUGGGGACGUCAUUGGCUUGAACCCUUGCUUUCACCUAACUCAGAUGUUGUCAUUCCACGAUUUCCUCAUUCCAACUAUUUAUCACUGCCACUCUUGAGCAUACUCAACAUAGCAAGAGAGUUUGGAUUGCAGUCAACAAUCAUUGCAGAUGAUGUUGAUAUCUGCGCUGUUUGCCUGGAAAGGACAUGUAGUGUUGCUUCUGAAGGUUGCGGUCAUCAGCUCUGUGUGAGAUGCGCUCUAUACCUAUGCUCGACGAGCAACGCUCCUUCCGAGACGGUAGGCCCUCCUCCGGGUUCAAUCCCUUGCCCUCUCUGCAGACACGGGAUCGUCUCAUUCAACCGGCUCUCGAGCUCCUUAACCAGAGAAAUGAAGCUACCGAUAUCACUCGGGUUCUGCACGCCUUGCAUGCUUCACACACGGGACAUGACCAACCAAUCUUCACCGACAACAGAUGUACGCAAAACCCGGGUUUCCUCCGUCUCAUCGGAUAUGCUCUGUCCAGUCACGUGUAGCCCGUUCCCUUCAGUCGCCAUUCCCAUUUGCACAUGUAAUGAUGGGCCAUGUCCGAACUUUGAGACUCAGGAUACGGAAAGGCGGGCAGAAUCCGACGAGUCGUUGACUCCGAGAAGGUCACAGAUCGUGUCGACAGAGCAGGAGAAGUUAGAAGGGCCGAGACUGGAGAAGACGACAUGCUCGAGCAUGAUGUUUUGGGGAAGAAGAAGCUGCAGCAGAGAGCACCAGUGCAAUUCAGAGAUCAACGCUUGAUCCCCCCCAAAAAAAAAGACGCAGAUUGGGCUUUUUACUGACAUAUUUUGAUGAAAUCAUCCCUCGUUGGUUCUCCGUUCCGACCAGAAGUGUGUUGGGAUCAGAAGAUCUGAUCCUGCACGGAGGGAAUCAAUGUCUCCAUGGUUUCUUUUUUUGGUUCCCUCGGUUUGUUUUUUUUUCGUCUUUUUUCUUUUCGUGGUCGCAGUUAGAUUCAGAUUCACCGUUUGUUACGGUGGCAGAUUUGUAAUUAAGGUGGAAAAAAGAUGGGUUAAAAAAGAAAGGAGAAAAACGAAACAUGCUUGCUAUGCAACUCUCGUCUCAUGAGGUUUGCGUUUGUGCGUGGAAGGAUCCUAUUCCUUGUAGCAUAAAAUGAUAUAUAUAUAUAUAUAUAUGGAAA